CAUCACCACCAUCUUCAUCAUCAUCGUUAUCAUCGUUCGUAAGCACCAGUCGCUCCCAGAUCACUCAGACCCAUGUCUCUUGGUGUUUUAUUCGUCUUCAUCCCGCUCUCCUGCUCUGGUCCUUCAGGUUUGGGCGGAGCUUCAGAGUUGGCCUUCAUCAAAGAACCCAGUGAUGUCAUCGCAGUGAGGGACCGCCCCCUCAUGCUGGACUGUCAGGUGGAGGGGGAGGGGCCUAUCACCAUCACCUGGCGGCGGAACGGCGUUCCCGUUCCUCUGGGAGCCCGAGCGGCCGUGCUGGACAACGGGACGCUCCUGAUCAGGAAUUUCCAGAAGCGGCGUGACGGUGACGAGAGCGACGCGGGCGAGUACGACUGCGCUGCGCAGAACCGAUACGGGCUGCUCAUCAGCCGCAAAGCACACGUGCAGCUGGCCUCACUUCCCAAGUUCCACACGCACCCAGAGUCCACGCUGGUCGACGAGGGCGGCGUCGCUCGGUUUCACUGCGCCGUCAGCGGCGUCCCCGAGGCCAACAUCACCUGGGAACGAAACAGAACGACUCUCAGCGCCGACGACGACAGGUACACUCUCCUCCCUAACGGUAUCCUGCACAUCACAGGAGUGUGUCAGGCGGACAGUGGAAGCUACCGCUGCGUCGCUAAGAACAUCGCUAACACGCGCUACAGUCAGGAGGCCCAGCUGUCGGUGGCAGUCGCAGCUAACCGUCUCUACAAGGAGCCCGUGAUCCUCUCCGGGCCCCAGAACCUCACGCUGAACGUUCACCAGACCGCCAUCCUGGAGUGCAUCGCCACCGGAAACCCCCGGCCCAUCGUCUCCUGGAGCAGGCUGGACGGUCGCUCCAUCGGCGUGGAGGGCAUCCAGGUGCUGGGCACAGGUAACCUCAUCAUCUCAGACGUGUCUCUGCAGCACUCAGGUGUGUACGUCUGCUCCGCCAACAGACCCGGGACCAGGAUGAGGAGAACCGCGCUGGGAAGACUGGUGGUGCAGGCUCCUCCAGAGUUCCUGCAGUGGCCUCAGUCCGUGUCGAAGCCGGCGGGCAGCAGUGCCGUCUUCACCUGCCAGGCUCAAGGUGUUCCUGACCCUCACCUCAUCUGGCUGAAGAACGGCAAGAUCCUCACGCCUGGAGACAACGUCAAACUCACCAACAACAACAGCACGCUGGCAGUGACGCGCAUCACGGCGGAGGAUGAGGCCAUCUAUCAGUGCAUCGCAGAGAACAGCGCAGGAACUAACCAGGCCAGCGCUCGCCUCGCCGUCUCGCCGUCCGUCGAUCUCCCGGAAGCUCCUCAGGAUCUGAGCAUCGCGCCGCUCUCCACCUCUUCCCUCCGAGUGCGCUGGAGACAGCCGGAGCCACACGUGACGGACGGCAUCAUCGGAUACGUGCUGCACAUCCGCAAGCUGGGCGAGCCGGACAGCAGCGAGCUUCAGGAAGCCGUGAGCAAAGACACGUUUCAGCACGACUUCACAAACCUGGAGGCCUCCACCACCUUCUCCAUCUAUGUGAAAGCGUAUUCCCCGCUGGGAGCCAGUCAGCAGUCCAACAGCGUGAUCGCCACCACACUCGGAGCCGUUCCCACGAUGCCCAGCUUCUUCACGAAAGUUCUGAACAGCACAGCGAUGCAGGUGUUCUGGGAGCUUCCAGCUAAAGCCGGUCGAGUCGAGGGAUACAGACUCUCUCAUCGCAAGCUGCCACAGCAAGAGUUCACACACGAGGAGCGAUUCCCUGCUCACAUCAACACACACACCAUCUCUAACCUGGAAGCGUCAGCAGUGUAUGAGAUUCAGCUCACAUCCUUCAACGGGAACGGAGACAGCAUCGGCAACAAGCGGCUCGUCUCAUUGGCCGAGACAGAAAAGAGCGGGAAAGAGGCAGCAGCAGGUGAGAGUGUGUGUGACUGUCGUCAGGACAACGAGGGUUCUCUGACGGCUCUGGUGGUCGGGAUCCACAUCAGCAUGGCCUGCAUCAUAUUCUGCGCUCUCUUCCUGAUGUUCGGCUAUCGCCACAGCUUCUUCUGUCAGAAGGGUUCUCAGGGAGCCUGGAGUCUGUCAGCAGCAGGACGGAGUGUUUCUCAGAGAGACGGCGAGGUUAAACCCGUCAGCGUCCGAGCGUCCGGCGCUCUCGAGCUCACGGCACAGGCUGCAGCCGGUCCUCAGUGUCAGGUGAUGAUUGAACCUCCACCCGUCCAUCCACCCGACCCGGGCGCUGACGCUGACGUCAGAUGAGGCUGCUCUCCCCCAAACACCCUUCAGCUGCACAGUGACCGCUUCUCUCUCACCAAAGCCUUACGCUCAACUCUCACACACACACACACACACACACACACACGCUGCAUCUGUUCCAAGCCCGAGUGACCUACACAGACAACACCCCGACCGUCAUGCAACACACACAACUGCUUCACGUUUAGCGUGAGCACACACACACACACACACGUAGUGGGGUAAAUGGUCAAGCAUUCCAGGAGUGCAGCGGGUCAUGGGUUCGAUUCCCAGGGAAUGCAUAGCUUGAAUUCAUUAGAUACAUGAACGUAAAGGAUGCAUGUGAGCCGAGAGGUGCCUUGGGUGCUGUCUAUGUAGGUGACUCGCUAGGUUUGGAACCGUUUCAAACACUCGAAACCAAAAACACACACGUUCUGUGACUGAACAGAUGAAGAGUUAGUCUGUCAUGGCGUUAGAGGGGUGUGUGUCGUGUGAUUGGACAUUAAUUAUUCACCGCAUUAGCCUGUGUGCAGCUGAAGGCCCGCCCCUUUCCCCAAGCCCCUCCCACUCCACCAAAACUCUCUCCGUCCAAAGAGCCGUGCCUCCGUCUGACUCCGCCUGCCUGCCCGCUCCGGCUGGGAAAAACGCUCUACCUCAAGCACACGUCUUCAAACGGGUCCUCUCGGGCCUGACGACCACUUCCUGAUGAGAAGAAGCUUCUGUGAAAGUUGAGGGACGUCCAAAGAACUUCGCUUCUCUUUUCUUUCUUCGCGGUGUUCCACAAACGCACCGAUGAUGUUUUCCAUACAGCAAAAAAUAUACACAUUUUAAGACACCUAUGAAAUAUAUGUCAGAAUACAACAAUUUUUGAAAAGAUAUUUAUUUAAAACAUUUAUUUUAUACAUUUUGCCCUCCGUAUAUUUCAACAUUUGAAGAAAGAAACAUCAUUUACAAAAAAUAGAUAAAUGUAAGAGUAGAACGCCCUUCCAUUCCAUCCUAAAUGAAUCUUAUUGUUUUAUUUUUUUGCCAUGAAAUACAUUUUGAAAUAUAUUUUGCAAUAUGAAAGACAUUUUAAUUUUUUAAUGACAUAUAGUUCAAUGCAUGCAACGUAUAUUUCCAAUAUAUUUAGUGUAGAAAGGAUAUAUUUUUUGCUGUAUGGGUUGUCUUCCUGGUUGGCUGUCAGUCACGAAGGUAAUUAAACCAGAAAACUGACCAGCUGACCGUUAACCAAAGCUAAACGCACUCAAUAACUCAAGCUCGUGAUGAUUACCUCGAAAACAGAUUCUAUUCUAGAAAUAUAACUAAUAAUAACUAGCAGACACGGAAUAUAUUUUCAUAUUUUAAAGCCGAAAAUAAGAUCUGCUUCUUAGUUUGUGAUGUUGAAGCUGAACUUGCCAAAUAGCGGUCAGUGUUGAUGAGACCAAAUACCUCGUAUCUCUUCUUCUACGGUGCUUAACUAACCGGUUUAACACACUCUCCACUGUUUAAAGAGUUACCAAAAUAACACGGUCUAGGUCUUCAAACCUUUCAGACUCUGACUCUUGUUGAAACGCGAACAAAACCAAAAUGUAAAAACUUCAAAUAAAGCAACGAGAUUAGAAACUGAGGCCAAAUGUUUAGACGAAACGAGUGGAGACACGUCUGUUCUCUUGAAGAACUUUGAUUUAUUUUCCCACGGAUGAAAAGUUCUUUUUCUGCUUGAUUUGGGAAAUAUUGCCAAAAUAGAUGUACGAUUGUCCUUUAAUGUUAUUUCUAAUAGUGUUGUUGCUGUUCUUUUCCAUUCCGUUUAUUUGGCGUUCAGCUCUUUUUCGUUUUAUUUCUUCUCUCUUUCUGUAGAAUUAAAAAGUUAGAAGUUUGAGAGUUUGAAACGAGUAGAUAAUAAGUAUUUCCAGUCCUUCCAGGUGUGAUUUUAUAAUGUUAUUGUUGAAGAAAACACCUCAGACUCUGAAAUUUGCUGCUUUAGGAUCGAACGGACUCUUUAUAUUCCAGAUUGAUGAAAUGUUCAUUGCUCAACGUGUUUAUUAUUUAGGAAAGCAAUGGUUUAGUGGAGUAGAUGCUGAUUUGAAAUGCUUGUACCAAUGAGAGAAGUGAAGCUUUAACCUUCAGGACCGUUCUUUUCUCUGUAGCUUUACUCUGCUGUUACCGACUUCAGCGGAUCAAACUUCGGAAUCGUUUUCGUUCGGAGUUUCUCCGCUGAAAUCUUUUGUUUUCUUCCUUCAGUCGGUUGUAAUGAACCUCUGUGCCAAAUAAAACAGCGUUACGUAGAA